ACACCCGCCGCUUGUUCAUGUGUUGUGUUUGUGUUUUGCUUUUGGAAAAUCCACGUGCCGCUCGAUGUAAUUGCGGGCUUUGCGGCACUGAAACUUGAGCAUUUUCGUACCAUUCCAGUCGCAGAGCCAAAAAUUUAGGGCUUUUCUCGUGUUUUCUUUAAUCUACAUUAGAUAGACACACCGACACAAUGUCGUUUCGAGGCCGUGGAGGCGGACGUGGAGGAUUCGGCGGCGGACGAGGAGGAUUCGGCGGUGGACGAGGUCGCGGAGGCGGAGGAGGCUGGGGAAACAGACAGCAGGACCAAGGGCCACCUGAAGAGGUCAUGGAGUUCGGCCACUUCACACACGCCUGCCAGGCUGACAUAGUCGUCAAGUCUGAUCUUGAAGAUGUUCCAUACUUCAACGCACCAAUUUACAACGAGGACAAGACACAAAUCGGCAAAGUUGACGAGAUUUUCGGCACGCUUAGAAACUACUACAUUUCCGUCAAACUUUUAGACAGUGUCAAGUCGCAAUCGUUCAAAGCAAAACACAAGGUUUUCAUCGAGAAACACAAACUGCUGCCGCUGCAAAGAUUUUUGCCGCAGCCCCCUGGUGCUAAAAGGGGCGGCGGCGGCCGUGGAGGCAGAGGAGGCCGCGGCGGCGGAGGAGGAUUCGGAGGUGGAAGAGGCGGCUUCGGAGGAAGAGGUGGCGGCGGCGGCGGAUUCCGAGGAGGAAGAGGAGGAUUUGGCGGAGGCGGCCGUGGAGGCGGUGGAUUCAGCAGAGGAGGCGGCGGAGGCUAUGGAGGCGGCGGCGGUGGGUAUGGAGGAGGCCGCGGAGGCGGCGGAGGAGGAUUUAGAGGACGAGGCGGCGGCGGCGGCUUCAGGAGAUAAAUUGCCGAAUUUGAAAAUUGUAAAAAUAAAGAGAAAGGCUUUUAUAUCAAGAAUAA